CACACACACACACACACACACACACGCACACACCCAGAGCAGCAACGAGCAUGGAAGAGAAGUGUGAAUUUUGGCUCUCAUCGUCAUGAAGAUGGCCGUGAUAGCACUGGUGCUUUUGGGGCUUUUCAGCCAGAGCUGCAUCCUCGCUUUGAAAGUGAACAAACAUAAACCAUGGAUUGAGACGUCCUACCAUGGAGUGAUCACCGAGAACAUGGACACGGUCCUGCUUGACCCUCCACUAGUGGCUUUGGACAAAGAUGCUCCCAUUCCCUACGCAGGGGAGAUUUGUGCUUUCAAGAUCCGUGGACAGGACGCCCCGUUCAAGGCGGAGGUAUUAAACAAGACAUCAGGGGAAGGAGUACUGAAAGCGUCUGGUCCCAUUGAUUGCGAGCAACAAAAGGAGUUCACCUUCAUCAUUCAGGCUUACGACUGCGGGGCUGACGUCUCAGGAGACGGCUGGAAAAAGAGCCACAAAGCAGUGGUCCACAUCCAGGUCGAGGACGUGAACGAGUUCUCUCCUUCCUUCCGUGAGCCGGUGUACCAGGCCACGGUGACAGAGGGAAAGAUUUAUGACAGCAUUGUGCAAGUGGAGGCUUGGGACCAGGAUUGUUCGGCCCAGUACAGCCAGAUCUGCAACUUUGAGAUCAUUACGCAAAACACACCUUUUGCCAUUGACCGCAACGGCAACAUUCGGAACACGGAACAUUUAAGUUACGACAAGCAGCAGUACUACGAGAUCAUGGUGAGCGCGUAUGACUGUGGCCAAAAGAGGGCGAAAGACAGCGUUCUUGUCCAAAUCCACGUCAAACCCAUGUGCAAGCCUGGCUGGCAAGGAUGGAGCAAGCAAAUGGACUAUGAGCCCGGGACAGGCAGCAAGCAGCUGUUUCCCACGAUGCACCUUGAGACGUGUGGCGGGCCGAUGUCCUCGGUUCGAGUCACUGUAGAACUGCAGACCAGCCACAUCGGGAAGGGCUGCGACAGGGAAACCUAUUCUGAGAAAUCGCUGCAGAAGCUCUGUGGUGCCGCUUCAGGCAGUGUGGAUCUUCUCCCUGCCCCGAGCGCUUCGACAAAUUGGACAGCUUUCCUGCUGACAGAUAGCGGACGAGACAGCGACCUCGUCUUUCAUUUCGAUGGACGACAGGCGGCCAAUAUUCCAGAACUGGUGGUGCCUCAGAACCUCACCGAACAAUUCACCAUCGCCACGUGGAUGAAGCACGGCCCAAGUCCUGGACUGAGAGGCGAGAAGGAGACGCUGCUUUGCAACUCGGACAAGACGGAGAUGAACAGACACCAUUACUCACUGUAUGUGCACAACUGCCGGCUGGUCUUCUUGCUACGGAGGGACUUCUCUCAGAUGGACACAUUCAGGCCGGCCGAGUUUCACUGGAAGUUGGAGCAGAUCUGUGAUAAAGAGUGGCACUACUAUGUGAUCAACGUGGAGUUUCCUGCUGUAACCCUUUUUGUCGACGGAGUGACCUACGACCCCUACCUAGUAACAGACGAUUGGCCAAUUCACCCCUCGCAGAUUGAUGUGCAACUGACUGUUGGUGCCUGUUGGCAAGGUGGAGAGGUGAUGACUCCCCGCUUCACGCAGUACUUCCGCGGAAGUCUCUCAGGUCUCACUAUCCGUCCUGGGAAGAUCGAGACCCAGAAGGUCAUCUCCUGUUUACAGGCCUGCAAAGAGGGUUUGGAUAUCAAUUCCAUGGAGAGCCUGGGGAAGGGCAUCAAGUUCCACUUCAACCCGGCCCAGUCGGUUCUGGUGAUGGAAAGUGAUGAUCUAGAGAGCAUUAACACAGCCAUGGCAAAGGUCUCCUAUAUUAACUCGAGGCAGUUCCCGACGCCAGGCUUACGCACGCUACAUGUAUCCACUACCAUGCAAUGUUUUGGCGAGGACUCCUGUAUCUCCAUCCCAGACAUAAAAGCAGUAGUGAUGGUCCUGGUGCCCAGCGAGCCCCAGAUCAGCAUCACGGGCUCCGAGCACAUGACAAUACCAGCAGCGGAGCUCCGAGCCCCUCUUGGGGUGGCACUGUUCAAAGAGAUCCACAUCAUCAGUACUGUCACCAGGGGCGACGGAACGUUCAGCUUGGGUCACAGACCUGGAAUUCUGGAAGUAAUGCACAACCUUGAUUACUGUGACGUGUUGGUCAUUGGGGAGGAACUGAAUCCAGAGCAUGAGAGUCUGGAGAUCCAUCAUAGCUCUCUACUGGGAAAACAUCUAGAUGCCACAAAUUCCACCUCUGGCAUCUCCAUCUAUGGUGUGGACUCCAUGGCAAAUUAUGAGCUGGCUAUCCGGCAGGUGAGGUACCGCAACUGGCGGCUGGCCAGCCUGUCUGAAAGAAGAUUCAGGCUCAGCUGCUCUGAGCUCAAUGGCCGCUACACCAGCAACAACUUUAACUUGGAGCUACGGAUAAUUCAUAGCAUUGAAUCUGUGGAACAUGUCAAUCACAUGGCUGCCCAAUCCCAGUACAUGAGACCAGUUCAUGAGCCACUAGUCAUCCACACCAACUCAAAAUACAUGUCAGAAACAUCUGCAGCUGCUACAGUAAUGAUUGUGAUGUGUAUCACUGCCCUGGUGGUCUUCAUAGUCCUGGGCAUCUACCGCUUUCAUGCCGUCUAUGUAGAAGGUCUAAAGGAGAAAGAGGACGAAUGGAAAGAGCCUGAAAUAGCCUGGGAUGACACAAACUUCACCAUUACUGUCAAUCCUAUGGAGAACGUUGAUGGCCCUCGGAAUUCUGAAGAUAUCGAUGAGGAGUAUCCUGAGAAAGAGGACGAAUACAUUGGGGAGGACGAUGAGGACGAGCUGGCAAGGAAUCUGUCCAGUGCGGAGUCAGAUGAUAGCGAAGAAGAAGAGCACACAAAGGUUGAGAGAGGCAGAGUAAAGGGCAAACUAGUGUGGGACGAGUCCACUUUACCCUAUUAACACCCCUCGUAAUCUCAUAUGCUCAGGAGACACAUACAACAACAACAAAAAAUCAGAAAUCGCUGCCUGAAAAUCUAUCGUUAUCUAACUGACCCACCCUGAGAUGUUUUUGCUGACAUUUACCUGAUAUGUUGCCUAAUCCUCUAAUCUGUCCUAAAUGCCAGCAAUGGAAGUGCACCAACAUGCCCUUACUCAAAUUGUGAGUCCGUGCUCCCUGUGUUUAGGGAGCUUAAACAUAAUCAACUCAAGAAAAAAUGGUUUUGGUGGCAUUCCC